CAAGAUGCACGAUGCCUUGCCAUCCCCUAGGCACACUAGCAAGCCCGUUGUGGUUGUGGUGUGCCGUCGGGGUCCAAGGUCGAGCACGGGCGUCGGGCUGCCGCACACCCCGAUCACCAAAGGACCAAGAAGGGAAACACGUCCAUGCACGCCCCAUCUGGGCACCACCAAGGGAGCAUGGCGUGGUCGAGUUGUGCCUUGUGCGAUUAUCGCCCGAAGCACCUCACGCCUCGGGCUGUCCCUUGAAUGUUCUUGGUCGCUUCCCCCGAACCCUGCCCAGCGGAGUUGGCUCGGCACCCCCGUAUGCUUCCGCUUGCCGGCACGCUCCAAGGCGUGCGGGGGGCUGUUCGUCCGGGCGUGCUGGGUUUGCGGACCGUGGUGGCGGAUGA